AUGAGCUAUGGGCUAGGAGCCAUCAAUGUUGCCCAAAUAUCCGUAGCUCGUUCUGCCAUCCAGCCAGGCGACUGCACCUCUGUGCUCCGUAUUAGCCACCCACGCACCUCUCAUACUCAGCGUUGCGAGGAAUUCAACCCUCUCUCUGCACGUCCGGUCGCUAGCUCUGGUGAGCAGAUCCAAUUGAGAAAACGAUAUGUUAAAUUCAACGUUCCGAGCAUUGCAGUGGCUAGAAUGGCGGAUCUGAAGAGAUCUGACGAUGACUGGGCCAUUUCAUUCUGA